AUGGCGCGCGUUCUCACUGCCAUUGCCCUCUUCGCCUUGCCUUCUCUUUCGAAGAGCUUCUCCCCUUUGAAGUUUGCCAAGGACGGCAGCUUUCAGAUUUCCAUUCUUGAAGAUCUGCACUUUGGAGAAAACGUGCAGAUCCACCUUGCUGACACCAAAGCAGAUGCAUGGGAUACGUGGGGUCCUGAGCAGGACGUUGAUUCCGUCGCAGUGAUCAACGAGAUCUUCGAUAAGGAGUUCCCAGAUCUUGUUGUCCUCAAUGGAGACUUGAUCACCGGCGAUAACGCCUUCCUCGAGAACGCGACUGUCUACGUCGACGAGAUUGUUGCCCCCUUGGUGGAGCGCGGUCUGACAUGGGCCUCCACCUACGGCAAUCAUGACAGCUCAUACAAUCUCUCCCGUGAAGCUCUGUUUGACCGUGAGCGUCGAUACCCCAAUUCCCGCACCAAGCAAAUGGUAUUCGGCAAGGACUCCGGCGUUUCCAACUAUUACCUCCCCGUGUUUGGUGCUGAUAACAACGACUUCGUCGGCGCCCCUGCCAUGCUGCUGUGGUUCUUCGAUAGCAGAGGUGGCUAUUACUUCCAAGAGCUUGAUGAGUCUGGCGAUGAAAUCGCUCAGCCCAACUGGGUUGAUACCAGCGUCGUGGAUUGGUUCAAGGAGACCAAUACCCAGAUUAAAAACAAGUACCACCGAACCAUCCCUUCUCUUGUGUUUGUUCACAUCCCUACAAACGCAUCGCUUGCCGCGCAGACUGAGGUUGGAAUCAGCACCACCCACGAGCCUGGUAUCAACGACGAUUACACUCUAGCUCAGCAGGGAGAAGGAUGGUGUGCAAAUGACACAACUAGUGAUUCGUGCACCUACGGUGGUCAGGAUGUGCCGUUCAUGGAAGCUCUUGUCAACACUGAUGGUGUGAUUGGUGUUUUCUCCGGCCACGACCACGGUGACACCUGGUGUUACAAGUGGGACAAGUUGCUUGCUGGCAUGUCAGUCAAGGGCAAUGGAAUCAACUUGUGCUUCGGUCAGCACUCUGGAUAUGGUGGGUAUGGCAGCUGGAUUCGUGGAUCUCGCCAGAUUCGUGUCACAGAAGCUAUGCUUAGCAGACGGGAAGUCGAUACUUGGAUUCGAUUGGAGUCUGGAGAUAUCGUGGGUUCUGUUUCACUUAACGGGACUUAUGGCGAAGACACCUACCCUGUUACUCCCGAUACCUUGACCUAG